AUGAGUUCUGCACCGAAUGGGCGCAAAAAGCGCCCCAGCCGGUCCACCCGCUCCUCGAUCUUCCAGAUCAGCAAGCCCCCGCUGCAGAGCGGGGAUUGGGAGCGCAGGGGCAGCGGCUCCGAGAGCGCCCACAAAACCCAGCGAGCCCUGGACGACUGCAAGAUGCUUGUCCAAGAGUUCAACACGCAAGUGGCCCUGUACCGAGAGUUGGUCAUUUCUAUCGGGGAUGUCUCAGUCAGCUGCCCCUCACUUCGUGCAGAAAUGCACAAGACAAGAACUAAAGGCUGUGAAAUGGCCCGUCAGGCACACCAAAAACUUGCAGCCAUCUCAGGCCCAGAAGAUGGCGAGAUCCAUCCAGAAAUCUGCCGGCUUUACAUUCAGCUGCAGUGCUGCUUAGAAAUGUACACAACAGAGAUGCUGAAAUCAAUAGAAAUGCUAGGAGCCCUCCAAAUACAUAAACAAGGAAAAGAGCCUGGCGGGGGAUCCAAAAGUUUGGAUUGCAAAACUGAAGAAUGUAUUGAAACACCUGUUCUAGAGGAGUCUUCAUCAUCCCCCACAGAUGUCCAGCAACAUUCCUGGCUGGUUUCCACAGACAUUGAGAACACUGAAAGAGACAUGCGAGAAAUGAAAAACCUUUUAAGCAAACUCAGGGAAACUAUGCCUUUACCACUGAAAAAUCAAGAUGACAGCAGCCUUCUGAAUCUAACUCCCUACCCCCUGGUUAGAAGACGGAAGAGAAGGUUCUUUGGGCUGUGUUGUCUUGUCUCGAGCUAA